ACAAAAAAAAAAAAGAAAUCACAUACAUACAGACACGGACAUAGAUACGUGACGUUACAUAUUAAACAUUUUUCCUUCCUAUUUCAUUCAAAUAUUUCAUUCCUUCGUUUAAAUCGGUACGUUCCGUGUGUUUGAUCAUUAUCGAGGUAAAUUCGCGAGGAACGAUGUUACGUCGUUGUUAACUUUCGAUUAUUUUCGUUAAGGAAACAGAAGUGAUUCGAUGAUCAGUCAAAUGCGUGGGAGUUGACGGUGAACGUGCCAAUUUUCGGAGGGACAAUCCUCGUCGACACAACCAAUCCCACGUAUCUACUGUUCCAAUCGAUAUCGGCUCUCGGUAGAUGAGCUCUCGAAAGAGAAGUUUCGACGAACAAGAAGUGGAAACGAACACCUCAAAAACUCGUCGUGUGACGUGCGAACGCGUGAAAACCGCGCGACAGGAUGAUAUCCAUCUAGUACUUUGAUUUGCAUCGAAUCGUUUCUACGGUGUCAUCGGUGUUAUUGCGGCUCCGAUGCAACAGGUUACUUCUUCGGAAUACUUCUCGGUGAUUUCAGUCGAGUGCCACCUGAUCGAUGGGAUCUUUACGGAACCGACCUUAGAGCCAGGUUAUAAUCUUGUUGCUACCGUUCCACGGGGUGCAGUGGCAUUGAACGUGACCGAGUUACGCCAUACGCAAAAUUAUUUGGCGAUCAGAUUGCAAAAUGGCAGUUAUUUGCUCAACGGGAACUACAGCAUCAAUUGGUCCGGCGAAUACAACGCAGCUGGCACAACAUUCUCAUACAUCCGGCAGAGCUCACAAAAUUUGGAAAGUUUCUCGGCUGCAGGACCAUUGCACGAGCCCAUCGAUGUUAUGGUGCUAUAUCAAGAGCCCAAUCCUGGUAUAGUGUACCGUUAUAUCAUUCCUGGAAGUAGUGCCAGUGCACCGAGCAACUCUCAUCUCACUCGCAAUACAGUUUUAAAUAGACCGAUCGAAGCAGCGCCAGCAAGUACCUCGCUCAGAAAAGCGGACAGCACGAGCACGACAGCAACUAUAGACGACGUCGCAACGAACGCCUCGUAUGUUCCGAGGCGAUACAAGAAACGAAAAUUUGCAUGGAAACCGGCCGGUUACACGGAAUGCAAUAAAUCCUGUGGCGGAGGUAUCCAAACGUUGAAAUAUGCGUGUGUACGAGAACACACGCAGACUCAGGUCUUCGAUAAGAGAUGUCACACGUUGGAGAAACCACGAGAGAUUCGAUUAAGGUGCAACACCAAUCCCUGUCCUCCAACAUGGAGACCAACCGCAUGGAGCCCAUGUUCAGUCAGCUGCGGUACCGGCUUACGUACACGAGAUCUGGAAUGCGUUCAAGAGAUCAGAUCGACCUUAACGGUAAUCGUAUCCGAGGGUGCUUGCAUGGAGCCAAGAAAUUUACCUAUCAGCGAGAUGUGCAAUGAGGCACCUUGCGAGGAAGCUACAAGAAUACCGGAAGCACAGUCUUUCAACUGGAACGUUGGAUCUUGGUCGGAGUGUUCGACGACGUGUGGGGUAGGUAAAAGAACGAGGCUCGUAACGUGCGAACCACAGGAAUACCUUUGUAACGUAGCGGAGAAACCGAUUUCUCAAGAGGUUUGCGACUCGGGUCCUUGUACCGUGAAAUUUUCUUCUACCAAUGCAAUUUCGUCGACCGAACCACGGGUAACCUCUCAAUGGCUUUAUACCGAAUGGCCUGAACAGUGUUCCGUUGAAUGUGGUCUCGGCAUGCAAAGCAGAAGAGUCUUUUGUGAAAAAAAUUCCGAGGAGGAGUGCGAUCCAACGACUCGUCCGGAAACAUCGAGAUCUUGUUCGAGUAAUAGAACUUGUAGCGGACAAUGGUUUGUCGGUCCUUGGUCUGAAUGCUCCUCACAUUGUGAUUUUGGCGAACAAAUCAGAGAAGCCGUUUGCGUGACUAUACUCCGUGGUGCUCUUCGUGUCGUCCUCGAUAUGAAUUGUCCUGCGAAUAAACCGGAAACGAGGAAAUCUUGCAGAGGUCCUCCUUGCACGUUUGCUUGGUUUACGUCCGAUUGGAGCGAGUGUUCUCGAUCUUGUGGCAAGGGUUUGCAAAAAAGAGAAGUCAAGUGUUUGUCACCGGAAAAUCAAUCAAACGAGUAUCAUCAAGUAGUUCAUUGCGACGAGGACGAACGACCAGUUUCCCGACGAAUUUGCAAUGAUUAUCCUUGUAAAAACGAUACUCAUGGUACUGAGAAUGUACCAAGAGUGUCGCAGGUUCAGGACGAUCCAGAGAUAUAUAAUGGUCUCGAAGAGAAUCCAUUCUGCAAGGACAACAUACCAAAUUGUGCUUUGGUGAUUCAAGCUCGUCUUUGCACUUAUCAAUUUUAUCAACGAUCUUGCUGUCUUUCUUGCUCUAGAGCUAAACACGAACCGGAAUGAACGGAUAAUUGCAAUUGAAAGAUAUUGAAUUUAUAAAUAAUUCGGCGAUAAAUAAGCGCGAACGAAAUUGUUUAGAAAAAUUUGGUUGAUCCGUUAACGGAUUUUAACAAUUUCACGAUCGUUGAAGUAUGAUAAUAAUUGGUAAAUCGGCGAAACACGAUGGCUAUCAAUAUUCCGUCUUCCAAAUACGAAAACUUGGUAGUUUUUAGUAAAAAAAACUAUGCUUUGUACGUUUGCUUAGUGGCUUAGUCAUAAUCCAUUGUGUCUUUGUCAAAAUAUGCGAUCUCACGCUAAGAACGAAACGUUAAAUGACGCAUUUCAACUAUCAAUUGACGAUCCUUAUGACUUUGCAAAUUCUUCAUACAUUCGAGGAAUCGUUCACUGUCAAAUAUUUUUCGUACGACGCGAGUAAGACUCGUAUAAGUAAUGUUAUGUUCAAACACGUUUGAGACGUUUAAUUAAACACGUGGAAAAAUAUUUCAAGAUUCGAGACUGAUCGCGCGUAAUUUGAAACGAUGAUGAAAAUCAAAAUGUGACGUUGCUUUUU